AGAGAAAAUACAAUUACAAGAAAAGUGUUUCUUGUUCUUCUAACAUUGAGUUGAGAUUUUUGAGAAAAAUUUCAAUACAAUAUUCUUCGUUCAAUUUGUUUGCGGGUUUCGUUGAUCAAAGAGAUACGCAUAGAAUCUUCGCACUAUCGAAAAAUUUGAAACGAGACUUUCUUUCACCAGGUACAUCUUAGAUCCGAUCUAUUGAUAUGUAAAUAAAUUUUAAAGACGAAAAGAUCUGCCUAGGAUUGUUAUUGUCUUUCGCUGCGUGUUAUGAACAUCUAUACGUAAUCCUUUUGUACGUUGUUGUUGGGAAAGAGUACAUCCAAAAAAAGACUUUGAACUAAGGAAGUCAACAAAAGCCUCCCAACUCUACCGAGUUGCACCAAAAGCUAAGCAACGUGUUCUACGUACAUAAACAUUCAGUUUUCAAACAAUGUGAUAAACUCAUAAACAUAUCAUCCAACUAUGGUUGUUUUUGCCUCUUUAUCUGCUCUCAAAUACCUUGUUUUUCUUCUUAUCAUAACCCCCUUUGCGACUUCGCUGUCCUUCAAUUUUGAUAGUUUUAGACCCAGCGAUCAAAAUGUAACAUACGAGAGAGAUGCUUAUCCAGCAGAUGGUGCAAUUCAACUUACCAUAGACCUGAUCAAUCGUCAUGUAAACGCUAGCAUAGGUCGAGCCACAUAUUCCAAGCCCCUGCAUCUUUGGGACAAGGCCUCUGGAAAUGUCACAGAUUUCAGUACUCACUUCUCCUUUAGCAUCAAUUCAAAAGGCAGAACAAGAUAUGGUGAUGGUCUUGCCUUCUUCCUCGCGCCUGCAGGUUCAAGAACUCCAGAGAACACAACUAGAGGUGGCAGUCUUGGCCUUACAAGUAAUACUCAACGACUGAAUACAUCGAGCAAUCAUUUUGUAGCUGUGGAGUUUGAUACGUAUCAGAACGUCCAGUAUGACCCAAAGGGUGAUCAUGUAGGUAUUGAUAUCAACUCUAUGCAAUCUGUUGUUAAUGUGACCUGGUUUAGUAGCAUUCCGAAUGGUAGGAGAACUGAUGCCUGGAUUAGCUAUAACUCGACUUCAAAAAAUCUUACUGUUGUCUUCACCGGUUUCAAAGAUAAUUCCACUGUCACUGUCCUGCAAAGCCUAUCUCACAAUCUCGAUCUGAGAGAAUACUUGCCUGAAUGGGUCACUUUUGGCUUCACAGGUGGAGCUGGACUUGUCUUUGCAUUACAAAGUAUCUAUUCUUGGAACUUUACUUCUUCAUUAGAAGUUAACGACAACAUAACAAAUCCAGGAGUAGUCUUACCAAGACCCAAGCCAGAGCAUGCACAGAGUAAAAACAAGUUAGGACUUGUGGUUGGAUUGGUUUCUGGUGGUUGUGUUUUGGUUUUUGUAUGUGUUUUGAUGCUGUUUGCAUUUUGGAGAAAGAGGAAGUUGAGAGAAGAUGAAGACAAUGACAUCUUUGAUGGAUCUAUGACUCAUGAAUUUGAAAGAAGCACAGGACCAAAGAAGUUCCUUUACAGAGAGUUGGCUAGAUGUACAAAUAGCUUUGCGCAGGAAAAUAAGCUCGGGGAGGGUGGGUUUGGAGGUGUUUAUAAAGGAUAUCUCAGGGAAUUGAAUUCCUAUGUUGCUGUUAAGAGGGUUUCAAGGGAGUCAAAGCAAGGAAUAAAAGAGUAUGCAUCAGAAGUGAGUAUCAUCAGCCGGCUAAGACAUAGACAUCUAGUGCAACUCAUUGGCUGGUGCCAUGAGAAAAGAGAACUUCUACUUGUCUAUGAGUUUAUGCCUAAUGGAAGCUUAGAUUUCCAUCUUUUCAAAGGAAAAAGCCAUUUGACAUGGCCAAUAAGAUACAAGAUUGCUCAAGGCUUGGCCUCUACGCUGCUGUAUCUACACGAAGAAUGGGAACAAUGUGUGGUGCAUAGGGACAUAAAGUCGAGCAAUAUUAUGUUGGAUUCCAAUUUCAAUGCCAAACUUGGGGAUUUUGGUUUAGCUAGACUAGUUGACCAUGAAAAAGGAUCCCAAACAACAGUUUUGGCAGGUACAAGGGGCUACAUGGCCCCGGAAUGUUUCAUCACUGGCAAAGCUAGCAAGGAAACAGAUGUCUAUAGCUUUGGAGUUGUCGCGUUAGAAAUAGCUUGUGGAAGGAAAGCUAUUGAUCCUAAAGCUGAAGAAGAUCAAGUAAAACUUGUUGAUUGGGUUUGGAGCCUUUACGGGAUGGGAAAUCUUAAUGAAGCAGCUGAUCCUAAACUCUUAUCAGAGUUCAAUGAAAUGGAGACGAAGCACUUACUAAUUGUUGGUUUAUGGUGUGCUCAUCCAGAUAGCAAAUGCAGGCCUUCUAUUAGGCAAGCAAUUCAUGUCCUUAAUUUUGAAGCUCCAUUGCCCACCCUCCCUCCAAACAUGCCUGUGCCGACAUAUUGCAGUCAUUAUUCAGUGAACAGAGACAACACCGAUUCUUCGAAUACCACAACAGCUUAUGCAGCGUCUUCAUCUUCAGCUUCAAUCUUGUACCCACGUUGACAUUGCAUUGCUAUGAUAUUUCCCUGCAUUCAAUAUAUCACUAGCAAUGCCCAUCUUUUUUCCUUCUUACUCUUUGUUGCUUCUCUUCUAAUGAACAGGAUUGACUGAAUCAACAUUUCCUCUACCUCCAAUUUUUCCUCCGAACAGAACUAGAAAUUUGAUUUGUCUACUUGUGUCCUAUAUCCUUGCACAAAGAUUUGAUUUAAUGACACUAAGCAUAUUUAAAAAGUGUAAUCCUGUAACUAUAACGAGAAUCUGAAAACCAAAAUGAGAGAAAAUACCAGCUUAAACGAACACGUUAGUAUUAGGUUUAAAAUGUGUUUGCAUAAAGUUGAGCAGCUGCCAAGUCACUUUCUAUUUUUUGCUUCAGAGUAGUGUUGUUACCUCCAUCUGACUAGAAAUGUAAAGCCCCCUAACUUUUAAAUGUUUAUAUGGGCUAACUAUGUGUCCAAAGACGACUUGA